UACCAAGAUGGCGGCGGCGGCUGCAGCGAGCGGCGGAGCGGGGGGCCCCCCUCCAGCCCCCGGCCCCCGGCUGCCCCCGGCCCCGCCGCCACCCCGGCCCCCGGGCCCCGCCCGCAUCGGAUACUACGAGAUCGAGCGGACCAUCGGCAAGGGCAACUUCGCCGUGGUGAAGCUGGCGACCCACCUGGUGACCCGGGCCAAGGUUGCUAUAAAGAUCAUUGACAAGACCCAGCUGGAUGAAGAGAACCUCAAGAAGAUUUUUAGAGAAGUUCAGAUUAUGAAGAUGCUCUGCCACCCACAUAUCAUCAGAUUAUAUCAGGUUAUGGAGACGGAGAGGAUGAUUUAUCUGGUGACAGAAUAUGCUAGCGGAGGGGAAAUAUUUGAUCACCUGGUAGCCCAUGGACGGAUGGCUGAGAAAGAAGCCCGGAGAAAGUUCAAGCAGAUUGUAGCUGCUGUCCACUUUUGUCACUGUUGUAACAUCGUUCACAGAGACUUGAAGGCAGAGAAUCUGUUGCUGGACGCUAACCUAAACAUCAAAAUAGCAGAUUUUGGGUUCAGUAACAUCUUCACACCUGGCCAGCUGCUUAAAACCUGGUGUGGGAGUCCCCCCUACGCAGCCCCCGAGCUCUUUGAAGGGAAGGAAUAUGAUGGGCCAAAGGUUGACAUUUGGAGUCUUGGUGUGGUCCUGUAUGUGCUGGUCUGUGGUGCUCUGCCCUUUGAUGGGAGUACUCUGCAGAAUCUGCGGGCAAGGGUGCUUAGUGGAAAAUUUCGCAUUCCAUUUUUUAUGUCCACAGAAUGUGAGCACUUGAUCCGCCACAUGCUGGUGCUGGACCCAAGUAAGCGCCUGUCAAUGGAACAGAUUUGCAAACACAAGUGGAUGAAGCUCGGGGAAGCUGAUGCAGAGUUUGACAGGUUAAUAGCAGAAUGUCAGCACCUCAAGAUUGAAAGACAGAUGGAACCACUGAACGAAGACGUGCUCUUAGCAAUGGUGGAGAUGGGGCUGGACAAAGAGCGCACGCUACAGUCACUAAGGACGGAUGCCUAUGAUCACUACAGUGCAAUCUAUAGCCUGCUCUGUGACCGAUUAAAGAGACACAAGAAUCUGCGCAUUACAGCACCUCCCAGUAUGCCACGGACCAUGACCUUCCCCACACCAGCUAACAUCCAGGCGGAACAGGCAGGCAACCCCGUGAGUAUCAAUGUGCCACAAGUCCAGCUCAUCAACCCUGAGAACCAGAUCAUAGAGACUGAUGGAACAAUGAACUUGGACAGUGAUGAAGGGGAAGAGCCAUCCCCUGAAGCCCUGGUCCGUUAUCUCUCAAUGAGAAGGCACACUGUUGGAGUCGCAGACCCACGCACGGAAGUGAUGGAAGAUCUCCAGAAGCUCCUGCCAGGCUUCCCUCGUGUCACACCCCAGGCUCCGUUCCUGCAGGUGGCUCCAAACAUGAACUUCAUGCACAAUAUGCUGCCUAUGCAGAACCUGCAGCCGACUGGACAGCUGGAGUACAAGGAGCAGUCCUUGCUGCAGCCCCCCACUCUGCAGUUGCUGAAUGGAAUGGGCCCUCUAGGGCGGCGGGCUUCAGACGGUGGAGCCAACAUCCAGCUGCACGCACAACAACUGCUGAAGCGUCCUCGAGGCCCUUCCCCGCUCGUCACUAUGACUCCAGCAGUGCCAGCAGUUACCCCUGUGGAUGAGGAGAGCUCCGAUGGGGAGCCGGAUCAGGAAGCUGUGCAGAGAUACUUGGCAAAUAGGUCAAAAAGGCACACUCUGGCAAUGACCAACCCUACAGCUGAAAUCCCUCCAGACUUGCAGAGGCAGCUAGGACAGCAGUCUUUUCGAUCCCGGGCUUGGGCUCCACACCUGGUACCCGAUCAGCACCGCUCUGUUUACAAGGACUCAAACACCCUGCAUCUCCCCACUGAGCGCUUCUCUCCUGUUCGCCGCUUUUCCGACGGUGCUGCCAGCAUCCAGGCGUUCAAAGCCCACCUGGAGAAAAUGGGCAAUAACAGCAGCAUCAAACAGCUUCAGCAGCCAAGGAGACUGCAGAGUGAAAGCCGUUUUGCACAGCAGGGUUGCUGUGCAGGAAGAGAUCACGUUGUGGGUGUAUUGCAUUCAUUACAGGAGUGUGAGCAACUGCAGAAGAUGUACGGUGGGCAUAUGGACGAGAGAACGCUGGAGAAGACACAGCAGCAACACAUGUUGUACCAGCAGGAGCAGCAUCAUCAAAUUCUCCAUCAGCAGAUUCAGGAUUGUAUUCGCCCACCUCAGCCAUCUCCACCGUUGCAAGCUCCAUGUGAAAACCAGCCAGCUCUGCUCACUCACCAGCUGCAGAGGUUACGGAUUCAGCCAUCUAGUCCACCCCCAAACCACCCUAAUAAUCAUCUCUUCAGGCAGCCAAAUAGCAGCCCCCCUCCUGUGAAUAGCAGCAUGCUACAGACUCAUGGUGCAGCGUCUCAGUCCCAGUUCCAAGGGAUGCCUUCCCACAGUGCGAUCUUCCAGCAGUCUGGUAACUGUUCCCCGCCCCCGAACGUGGCACUGACAUGCAUGGGCAUGCCGCAGCCAUCGCAGCCGCAGCAGGUCACCAUCCAAGUGCAAGAGCCCGGAGAUAUGCUCAGCAACAACCUUCUGCAGGGGGCAGCUGUGGCAGGGCAGGGCAUGUCCCCUCACCCACGAGGCAUGUCCAUCAACCCGAGUGCCAAUCAGAUCCAAAUGCAGCAUCGAGCUAACCUGAUGGCCUCUCUCACGUAUGGUCACAGGCCACUGUCCAAGCAGCUCAGUGCUGAUAGUGCAGAGUCACACAGCUUGAACAUGAACAGGUAUCCCCCUGCUAACUAUGACCAGGUGCACUUACAUCCCCACCUGUUCUCAGAUCAGGCCCGUGCAUCCCCCAGCAACUACAGCCCAUCAGCAGGGGUGGGAUUCCCCGCAACGCAGCAAGCCCUGAAAGUCCCUCAACUGGACCCGUUCCCCAGCUUCCCUCAAAGCGCGCAGCAGCCGCCGCAGCACUACACGGCAUCAGCACUACAGCAGGCACUGCUGUCCCCUACUCCGCCAGACUACAGCCGACGCCAGCAGGUACCGCACGUCCUCCAAGGACUGCUUUCCCCCCGGCAUUCGCUCACGGGGCACACGGACCUGCGACUGCCCCCUGCGGAAUUUGCACAGCUCAUCAAACGGCGGCAGCAGCAGCAGCAUCAACAGCAGCAAGAAUUUCAAGAAUUGUUCCGGCAUAUGAGCCAAGGAGAUGCUGGGAAUAUGGGCACCAGCAUGGGACAGAACCUGUCAGAGCGUCAGUCGCUGUCUGUGCCUUAUCCGAAUGCUGACACGUACCAUCACAACAGCCCCCAACAGCUCUUAAAAAUCAGGGCACAAGAAUGUAUCCAGCAGGUAUCUGCGGCAGUGGCUCCCCAUGGGUAUGUACCCCAGCCAGCUCUGAUCCAUUCGGAGAGCAUGGAGGAGGACUGUGCAUGCGAGGGUGCCAGGGACAGCUUUCCGGACAAUAAGAGUUCAAAUACAUUGACCAAAGGUGGCCAUGAGAACCCACUGCUUUUAAAUGCAGGAGGGCAUGGGGACCCAGAAUCUCUGCUAGGAACUGUUAAUCAGGGGCAGGAAUUGGGGACGCAUCAUUACAGACACCAGCCAGCCACCGGAUUCAGUAGGAAUAAGGUGCCCAGCAGAGGAAAGUGAGACUUGUAACUGAACUUAACCUUGUGGCCAUGCAGAGGGAGGCAAAGCCAAGACCCAGUCUUGUAUUAUUGCAAAAUCUGCUCCCAUAACACCACAGCAUGGUGGAGUACCAUGUAAUUGUGAUAUAAAGCAGCAUGAUCAGUGCAUUUCAACUCCCUCCCUCCCUGCCCCCAAAACACCGGGGAGGCCAUACACUGGAGGGGCUAGUGAACUGGCAUGGCUGAGGAAUAGUACGGCUAGACAGUCAAGUUGAUCCACAUGCAACACUUGUCUCUGCCAGCUUAGUCACAAGCUGGUUUGAUCACGGAUAAUGCCCGUUAGAUCGGAUUGGACUGUGGGCAAAGGGAGUGCUGGCACAAGAGGCUGCCAAACCCCAUUCUUCAUGCGGAGGCAGAUGUGAACCCAGAUUCUGUACCUAGUGAUGAAAGGCUACAACUCGUCUGUGAGAGCCAGGACAUGUUCAUGCAGAGUGACCUGGAGUCUAGACCCAUUCGCUGAGCAGGAAUCCCAGACUCUGAAGUGCUGUUUGGCUGCAAAGUGAGACACAGAUGUUCUCUACUGGGAAUGGGGAGGCCCCAUUGUUGCUUUUGCUAAAAUGUGGUAUCUUCCUUAGGACAGGUGCAGGUCCCCCCGCAUGCCUGAAUUGUGUUAGUUUCCUGGGGCAGUACAGUUUGGGGCCCAGUCCGGAUGGCACUGAAACGAAUGGAUGUUCUGCUAAAGGUUUUGUUGGGAGCAGGGCCAUUUACGAUAACUGCCAGGCAUGACAUCUUGCCAAAGCAAAGAGACCACAGCUAUGCCUGGGGUAACUCCAUAGGCACCAACAGUGUUACACCCAGGUUGGAUUUGUCCCCGAGUGUCCAAUACUGACUCUGGAAAGGGCCUCUCCAAAGCAGUGCGGCACCACCAGCUCCUUUUCCCCCAGGCAAGGAAGUAGGAGCUCUGUAGCCCUGAGUCAGCCGUCCUUGUGCCCAAGGAGACAUGGAGGAGCUACUCAGUGCAGCUCCAGAGUUGUGCUUGGUCCUUUCCUCUGACCCGUGAGUUGUCACAUUGUCCCUGAGUAUUCGCAACACCUGGUGGUCUGGAGAGCAGGAAAACCGAACCAGGGCCUCUUCAUGGUGCUGUGUGGUGCCGCGCAGUGGCCUGGAUAGACAUCAGCUGAAUGCCUGGUAGGCCCCCACCAGAGGUUGUGUAUGCUGCCUUUGCAGCAGAUUCGCUUGAUGAUCUGACAGGUGGAUGCUCCCCUUUCAACAUCACUGAUCCCCAUGAUUUCACCAAGUAUCAGGCCCCUAGAGCUGUAAAGCUUGUGUAAUGAGCAGCUGGCUUGUUCUGCCUGCCUCAGAAAAAGAGAGGGCUGGUAGGUGGAACAGUCUGCUCAGUGUGUGACAGAAGUGAGCGAGGAUAGGCUUCCAGGCUUCCUCGUUCAUUCAGAGUCCUAUGCGACCUUUAGUAACAUGAGUUUUUGCUUGAUAUAAAUGUAACUUUUGCCCUCAGACACAGCAGCUCCUGCAGCAGGGUACGGAUGGACUUUGCCAGGCAGGAACUUGCCCAGAUAUUCAGCUUUCUACAAACAUGUUUGAAAAGGGCAAGGAGCAGCGGUUUGAUACAGAUUUAGUACCGGUAACUCCCUUUGCCAAGGUUAUGCAGAAUGGCCCUUCUGGGACCUUCAUUAUAUGGAAAUCAUAAGCAUCUCUUUUGGGAGUGGUCUCUUUUGGAGCAUCUGACCCAUUCAAAUAAGUGGGAGCAACAGGCUGGACAGGAACGAGGUUUUGUGGGUGUCUCCCGGCAUUGUGAUAACGUUUCUUUCUCCUCAAAUAUUAUGUAUCUGGUUGAGACAGAAAUUGUGCUUUCUUCCCUCCGAGUUCUCUUGAAGUGAUUACGGUCGGCUGCGAGCUGUGACUGGGAUCAAUAGUCGAGCCGGUCGUGAGAGCCUCUUGAAUAGAGCAGCCCAGACAUGGUCUUUGGAGUCAAGGAAAAACAAAUCUGUGCUUCUCAGUCAGGAACAAGAAAUAUAUGUCCAGUUGAUAUCCUUUUUGCACAGUCCUCAUUGGCUACUGGAUUAAUUCGUUCCCCCCUGACUUCUGAGAUCCUGCCAGAGUUCUGCAUUAAGGCAGUUAUUCCAUGUUCUGUACCACUCAGGAAACCGCUGGCUUCUUUAUACUAAUCCCCUUUCUCUUUUGUCUAACUCCCAAGAAUCCAUUGUAGGGAAUUGUAUGGACAGAAGUUCUCCAGGACAAGCUAUGGAGAUGCCCAGUCAUAAUGGAUUGGGUUAUUCUGCAAGACCAGCUUCCAUUGAACACCACAGACCCAGGACUCUGCAGAGACAUCACACCAUACAGAACAGCGAUGAUGCCUAUGUAGGUUUGAGAAGGUUCAUGGCUGCCAGGCCUUAUGUACUGUGUAAAACUUACUAUGAAGUGUGCGUUCUAGGGCUGAGCAAAUAAGCCAUUCACUAGCCAAAUACAGACCUACUUGUAACCCUAUGGGGCUAACUUGGAAUCCAGUGCUGUGCAGAGCAAUGCUUCCCCCUCUGCCUUUGGAACAUCUCAACUGCAUGUCCGUUGUGUACCGUGCAGUGUUUCAAGUGCUUUUAGCAGAGACCAACCCAAAAGUGAAAUCUCCUACCUGUGGCUAAACAAGCAUUGCCCAGUUUACCCACAUACACCCAAGUCCAUAUGAAAUUUUCCUGCAGGGUCAAGUGCACCCUAGGGUGCCUCUGCUGAAAACAUUUGAGUUAAAGCAGGGAUGAAUACAGCCCGGAGUGUCUUAUAAUCUGCAAAAGAACCAAACUUCCAGCCAGGCAAUGUUGGUGAACAACCUAGCAGUGCGGUCUCAGCCAUUGAGAGAUCGGCACAAGGACAGCUGCACUGCGUACGGGUACAUCAGCCCUUUGGGGUUUUGAAGCAGUUCUGGCAUAGUCAAGCCCUGGUGUAACUCUCCUUAUAACUUACUAGGGUGCUGGAAGAAAAUGUGCACUUGUGACUGUCUCCUUUCAUCCUGGGGGAGCACUGGGGUGUGACUCUGUCUCCUUCUGCCGUCUCCUCAGGUCCAGCUGGAUAACUUGCCUGGAAUGAGUUUAAUGGCUGGAAAAGCACUAAGCUCUGCUCGGAUGUCUGAUGCAGUACUCAGCCAGUCAUCGCUCAUGGCCAGCCAGCAGCUACAUGCCAGGGAAAGCGAGGGUAAGGACUUCCCUGGGGCUGAAAAGGCAUCUUUCAGAGGUGAUUGAAUUCUGCUGCAAUCUGGUUUGGGUCAGAAGCGACGCUGAUUUGUGUCAUCCUGGUCUAUCAGAUAUGGGUCCACACCACAGAGUCACUUCCCUUGGUGGUAUUCCUGUGCAUGGAGCCAGCAGUGUACUAGGCACGUUGUAAUACUGUCGAGUACGGUACAGUUGGCAUUCUCUGUUUAAGCGUGGCCAAGGGCUGGAAUAAUAGAUCUGCAUUGGCAGAGCUGUGGAGGCUGAAAGAUCAGGAGGAGUUGCAGGUCAGAGUUGAGGUGUAUUGGCCUUUUGUGUGUCGAAAGCUUGCACUGAUUGACUCCAGGCACUGUUACCAACCUCCCCACAGAGCAUGUGCUGGUGCUUAUUUCUGGUGCAGCCCUUACAGACGCUUGUCAUUCUGGGUUGUGCUGCAGUUUCAAGCACAUAGUGGCUUCCGUGUAUAGUGACACUUGUCUUGGAUUCCUGUGAAGCGCACACUACUGGCUGGAAUCCUUUCCAGGUAAAUUUCCACACACGCUUCUUGUCUCCAUUCUUCUCAAGGUCUGUUGUCAUCUCUCCCGUACUCUCUGAGCAGCAGGGAGACAGCUGGGCUGUAGCACGUAAAGCACAGUGUGACUUCUUAGGUAGUUGUGACAUCGGCAAAGUCCUGGAUUUGUGUCAUGCUCACUGCAACGACUUUCUGUUAAAAUGAGGGACAACCCUGCAUGCCAGCCCUGACCCACACUCAGCACCUCAGGCCUGCCUGAGCCCUCUGCCAGAAGCUUCAAUCAACUUUGCUCUCCUGGGCCCUUGGUAGACUCCAGUGUCCCAAGUAGCAGUGAGAGAUUUCUCCCGUUCGCCUACAAACUCUGAUGUUACUCUUUGGUCUUGCAGACUGUGGGGAAAGUUUGGAAGGUCAAGAGCAUCCAAAUCUAGCUGAUGGCAGCCAGCAUUUAAACACCUCUUGUUAUCCAUCUACGUGUAUUACAGACGUCCUCCUGAGCUACAAGCACCCGGAGGUGCCCUUUGGGAUGGAGCAGGCUGGGGUGUAGCAGGAAGGAGGGAGUGAGUAUUUUUCUGUUUCUGUAAGUUCAGAUCUUCCCUUUUCUGCCUCUAGGGUAGAUCUUCAGUACCAGUAGCCCAUGGGCUAGAUCUCCCUAGACAACUCCUUGCCCCUCCCUUAGCUGUGGGUCUGAGAAUGAAGUUUAAGAUAGAGGAUGUCCUUGCCAAGCUUCCAGAGGUCAGUUGUUUGCACUGCGGACAGUGCCGCCCUCGUAGACUUGCUGCUGGUGACCUUCAGUAGCUACUCGGCGCUUCUGCUUUGUAGAGUCUCUGGGUGGGAGUGCAGGGAUUGGCGAGGGAAGGCCUUGGCUGCUGGUGCAAGAACGAGCCCGGGCAACAAUAUUUCCCAUCUGUACGGUGGUGUGUGUGGGGAGAGUGGACUCCAGACGGGGGGAGCCAGGAGGCAGCUCUCUGAACAGCUGUACGGUGACUCAGGCCUGUCUGUUUGGCUCGUCCCCUUUCCGUGGAGGGGCAGCUGUCAGGAGCUGCUGCUGCUGUUGGUAGAAGGACAUGGCACCUGAAGAUGGUAGUCUGUGGACUUGCGUGAUCCUGUCAGCUACAUGGAGCAGUGGGCACACCUCCAUGGGGCACGCAGCCCCUCCUUGUGCACGUCUCCCUUCUCUUUCAAGCCCCUUGUGGCAUUGGCAGCAUGAGCGCUCGGGGCACGUAGCCGGCUUUGUCAGGCUGGAGCAUGGGGCGGGCAGAGGGAUGUUUAAGGAGAAAUGUCUGUCUCUUGUCCUGGCCUUUAACACCCCUUCUCUUCUCUUCUCCCUCUCUCUCUCUAUCUCUUUUUUCCAGGUUUUGUGUACAGCUUUGAAAUGAAAAGGUCCAUUUUAAACCAACAGUAUCUAGCAGCAUUGCGCCAAAUCGCCAUAGUAUUUCUCACUGAAAUAUCAUGGCUCUUUUCCUCAUAAUCAGUUCCUCAGUGUGUCGUUCUUUUGGUUUCUUUCGUUUUUGCCAUAUUUGCCUGUAACUCCAGCUAUCACAGAGCUAACCAGAGAACCCGAGUCCUACACCCUGUGUGAAAGGAUUGAUGGAACUUGAGUUUUGCAUUUGGUUUGGAGGGGGUUUUAAAUGCGAAGGUCCAGGCCAUCAUGGAUGGUGCAGACUCAGGCGUUCUCCCCUUCAUCCAACCCUGCUCUUAAGACCUGUCCAACAUCAUCUUUUUCUGGGGACAAGUAGGAGAGCAUGGGACAAAUGCCUUCCUGGAGCCUGCCUGAAUAGGGGAAGCAAGGGGCAGGGAGGGAAUUUGAAGCUCUGUCCUUUGGCAAGCAAUAAGCAGAGCUCCUGAAAACCAAGUCCAAAACCAGAGUCGUUUUUCCAGAGUUCCAGUGCACACCAUGCCCCAGAAGCCCAGCCCCAAGGGCAGAAGAAGGCCACACUGUAGUUUUAUUUCCAUAUCCUUUACAUCUGAACUGAUAGUGGGGCCCAGAGCUACUCUGGGGCAAGAGCAACUCCAGUCUCCCUUACCACGAUGCUAGCCUGUCCAACCCACACCCAUCUGACCUGAGGAGCAGAUUGCGUCCCCAACCCCACUGGUUCUUCCAGUGGUGCAAUACGCUUUGUCUCUCUCAUCUUUGUCUGCUUUUCUUUUUCUCUAUUUUUGGUCAUUGUGCUAAAAGGAUCAUUUCCCCCUCCCCCUCCUUUUUUAAUACCUUUUCCUUUCAAACCCAUGUACGACCCUUUUUUUUUUUCAGUUUAAAGUAAAGAAGACAGGUUGUUUCCCUUUGUCUUUCUAGCUUUUCCUCCUGAUCAUGUAGGAAUUGUUUUAUGGUAAAUGUUGUUGUUUUUAUUAUUAUUGUUAUUGUUAUUAUUAUUAAUAAAAGACAAAAGGAAUUUCUGUUUGAGAGAAAUUUUUAACUAGAUUCUGUUCUAUUUGAAUUGUGACUUGCACCUUUUGUUCAAAGUAUUUUAUUUCUUUUUAAUGACAUUGUAAUUGUGACUGUUUUUUUUCUCUUGUGCCAGUGGCAGAAGUGAUGUUCUCCUUUAUACAAAUUCAGACGUGCAUAGAUCUCUUCUUUGUCAUUCUUUUUCAUUUCUUUCCUUGACUGAUAGAAACCAAUGCCCCCUCCAGCGGUUGGGGCUAAGGGAGUAUUUUGUGUCAUCGUUGCCUUUGGAACUUUAAAAGCUACAACUGAAAAUUCCUAUUAUUGACACUUUUUUGGGAAUUUUUUUUUUAAAUAAAGGAAAAAUCAGUCCAACCCUCCUGAAUUUGCACAGAAGGAAGUGUGAGACCAGCAUGGCAAAGGUUAAUUUGCUAUCACCAUCUCUUCCCCAAAGUCCCCCAGCAAUUGUCAUAAGUGGACCUGCAAUUAGAAGAAAAGGAGAGGGGAGGGGAGAGAAGAAAUCUGCAGCUGACAAACAGUAUCUCCCAGGUCAAUGUUUCUAGAAAGCCUAAUGUCACUCUGGUUUUAUUGGUGUGUAGUUGUCAAGUUACAUUUCUUUAACAUGUAAAAUAGGUGGUGUGUGUUGGGGGGGUGGGGGACCCAGACAGGGCUUGCCGGACUUCAGUGAGAGGGUACCAAGAAACACUGAAAGGCUUUUUGACAUUGCUCUGUAUCUUUGAUUUGUUUUCCUUUUGUUUACAUGACGUAUUUCUGGGAGAGUUGACAGCCGCCCUACAGUAGCCAUCCAAAAGAAAAGCAGGGACUUGCUUAACCGUGCCAUUUCGCCGUAUCACACUUUUUUAUCAUUGCUUUGUAUUGUAGUAAUCAAUACGCGCAGUAUAUGUUGAAUGUAUAUUAAUAUACUUUGCUAUUAUUUCUGUUUUUUGGAAAUGUCCGAAGUAUUUUUUCUUCCUCGUUUAUGCUGGACUAAAAACAAACAACUUUCAGUAAAUCUUUAGUCCAUUUUUUUGUGGGUCACUUGCAACUAGUAACUUAGUUGGACAAUGGGAUCAUGACAAAUAAAAUCAUGAUUAUGA